AUGUCCCGCUACGCUGAAUCCCACGCUCAGCCAAAUGGCCCUGGCGACGUGCGCCCGACGGCCCUGCAAAUCGUCAAGGACGAGGGUGCUGAAGGCAAGCUCAAGGGUGAGGUCAUUGUCAUCACUGGUACUUCUUCCGGUAUCGAUGUCAUCAAGGCCCAGUCCGGCCUGACGGGCAUUUUCGAUCAAUCCCGCAUGGAGAUCAUCGAAAUGGACCAGGCAAGCCUCUCUUCGUUCCAGGGCGCCGCCGCCGCAAUUCUUGCCAAGACUGCCAAGAUUCACCUCUUGGUGAACAACGCUGGCAUCAUGGCCAUUCCCGACCUCCGCCUUACCGCCGAAGGCCACGAGCUCCAGUUCGGCACAAAUUACCUAUUGCAUUUCCUCUUUUACAAGCUCUUGAAACCCGAGCUUCUUGCUGCAGCCUCCCCGAAUCUACCGUCCCGCGUCGUCAAUCUCUCUUCUACUGCUCACAACGUCCACGGCAUAAAUGACCCCGACAACUACGACUUUCAGAAAGGCGACUAUGACGCCAGUGUGGCCUACGGACAAUCCAAAACGGCCAACAUUUACAUGGCUAAUGAGAUAGAGCACCGCUACGGGGCGUGCCACCUACAUGCAACGAGCGUCCAGCCCGGUAUUGUCCAAACGGGGCUGACCCGGCACAUGCCUCCAGACGCCUUCAAGGGAAUGGAAGUCUUGUACCCGACAAUGAAGAGUAUUGAGCAGGGUGCCGCAACUUCAGUUUGGGCUGCCAUCGGCAAGGCAUGGGAACAUGAUGGUGGCAAGUACCUUGUCAACUGUGCAGUAUCAGGGCCGUACGUUGAAGGGGAGAAUAAGUUUAUCGCGCUCGGAUAUGCGCCGUACGCCCAUGAUGUAGGAAAAGCAAAGAGUCUGUGGAGUCACUCGCUUAAGAUUGUGGGAUUGCCAGGCGACGAGUAG